GGAUACAUUACAUCUAGCUUAGCGAGUUUUCUUUCUCCUCUAUUUCUAUUCUGUUCUGUUCUGUCCUGUUCUCUGUCAAAAUACCACCUCAGAGUUGGCCAAGUCACAUUGUCUGCUGCUGGUUUUAGCUCAAAAGCUUGUGUGCCUCUUCUGACUUUUCUCCUUCUUCUUCUUCUUCUUCUUCUUCCGAAAUCGAAGUUUUGGUUGGGUGUUGAGAAUGGGUAGGCAACCUUGCUGCGAGAAAGUGGGGUUGAAGAAAGGGCCGUGGACAGCUGAAGAGGAUAAGAAGCUCAUCACCUUCAUCCUCACUCAUGGCCAAUGCUGUUGGAGAGCUGUUCCUAAACUUGCAGGAUUACUGAGGUGUGGAAAGAGUUGUAGGCUCAGGUGGACGAAUUAUCUGAGGCCAGACCUGAAAAGGGGGCUUUUAUCUGAACAGGAAGAGAAGCUGGUCGUUGACCUCCAUGCCCAGCUUGGCAACAGGUGGUCCAAGAUUGCCUCCCACCUACCUGGAAGAACCGACAAUGAGAUCAAGAACCAUUGGAACACUCACAUCAAGAAAAAGCUCAAGAAGAUGGGCAUUGACCCCGUCACCCACAAGCCAUUGGUCUCAAACCCGUCUGACCAGCCCCAGAGCCUGCAAAAUAACCACCAGCAAAAGGACGAGCAAUCUUGUUCGACAAGUUCGGCCAAUGCUGCGAAAACACGGUCAGUGAAUGAUUUGGUCGAUUCUGUCGUAAUCAAUGCCAAAGAAGAAGAAGACGGAACAAGCUGCACAGCAAAUGCCAGCAUGCUCGACACAAUUCAGGUCAUGGACAUAGACAGUUUUUGCACAGACGAAGUCCCUCUGAUUGGCCCCAGUGACAUUUUGGUCGCUUGCCCUCCUUCGUCCUCGACCUCUUCAUCUUCUUCCUCGCACAACAACAGUUGCGGCGGCGGCGGCAGCAACUUCUUUCAAGAAUUGCAGUUUCCUGACUUGGACUGGUCUUAUGGUGAUUUUGGUGAUCAUAACGACGGCGACAACCAGCACAUCAAGCUGUGGGAUGACGACCACUUCAUCAACUGGGAUUUCCUGGUCGAUAACGUCGAUGACAAAACACAAAUGGUCGGUCCUCAUCCGGCGAAUUCGUGCCAAAGAUCGGCUUUGGAUCAAUCAUCUUGGACCAAUGAGCUAGUGAAGUAAAUAAAAAAUCAGAACUUGGUUUUUUCCUUCUUUUUUUGCGUGCAGUUUCUACUUCACAGAGAGAAUAAGAAGCAUCCCAUGUUAGGGAAAGGGGGAAAAAGAGACACCCUUCUCCGGGGUGGCUUUCCUUUUUUAUUUAUACAGUCUUAAUCUCCUUAAAAGAGAGAGGAGCAAUGAAAAUUCUUGUGUUUGAUUGCAUCUAAAUGUAAUUAGUCCGCCAUUGAAAUUG